GAGAAGUGUUGACAUGUUGCUGUUCUUCCUCAUUUAAAUCAAAUGAAUUGAAGUGAGCGUGAGUUGCUGCAUGAAGGCUUGUUUCCUGAAUGUGCUCUGAUCCGUUUCACUUGCAUCAAGCCACAACCUGUUACGCUGUGAGGGAUCACAGAAGUAACAACGAGCUCACGAGUGAUUGUUUUAAUCUCUGCCGAGAUGGCUUUACAAUUCAAAGAUGAAUUCUGGGGAGCUGACUUCACCAGCAAUGCUGGUUGUGAGAAUAUUAUUCAAAGACUCAAUGAAGGUCGACGAACAUGCAAAGACAUAGAGGAGCUCUUGAAAAUGAGGGCAUCAGCAGAGGAGAAAUAUGGAAAAGAACUGGUGUCCAUUGCCCGAAAGGCCGGGGGUUUGUCUGAGAUUUGCACUCUGAAGGCCUCCUUUGACGAAAUGAAAAGACAAAUUGAAACCAUAGGAAAUUUGCACAUUCAGUUGUCUGGGCUGCUAAAAGAGGAGGUGAAAAGAAUGGAAGAGUUCAGAGAAAGACAAAAAGAACAGAGAAAAAAAUAUGAAACCAUCAUAGAGAAGGUCCAGAAGACAAAAGUCUCCCUCUACAAGAAAACAAUAGAAUCUAAAAGAUGUUAUGAGCAACGCUGCAAGGAGGCAGAUGAUACAGAGCAAAUGGCUGACAGGAUAGGCAACGCUCCCACAGCCACUCCCAAACAGAUUGAGAAGAUGAACAAUAAGUCUAGACAGUGCAGAGAAGCUGCAGAAGAAGCUGAGAACCAGUACAAGUCAAACAUCGAACAGCUUGACAAGAUCCGUCAAGAGUGGGAAACAACACACAUUGACACAUGUGAGAUGUUUCAGCAGCAAGAAGAAGACCGGAUCACUGUACUACGGAAUUCCUUGUGGAUCCACUGUAACCAUUUAUCAAUGCAAUCUGUCAAAGAUGAUGAGUGUUAUGAGAACGUGAGAAAAACACUUGAAAACUGUGACAUCGUCACAGACAACAACUGCUUUGUGGAGAUGAAAAAGACCGGCUCAACUCGCCCCGCUCCAAUUGAAUACCAAAAUUAUUACGAGAACAAUGCUUCAUCUGAGAAAAACGGCAAUGUUGGAUUUGGAGGAGGAGUCAUAAAAAGGUUUUCAAACUUUCUGCAGGGGAAUUGUACCAGUGUCUCCAGACAGAACAUCAAUGAGUCAGUUGCACAACCUGCUGCAACAGAAGCAUUAGAUGGAGUAUAUGCUUCCAUUCCGGGAUCUCAGGGGUUCCAGUUCAGCAGUAAUACGUACACGGCUGUGUAUGCGUAUACGGCACAGGGGGAAGAUGAACUCUCAUUAUCUGUUGGGGAUGUUGUGGUAGUCAUAGAUCAAGGUGAGGAUGGCUGGUGGAUGGUGCAAAGAAAUGGCGCUUCUGGAUUGGUUCCAGGCACUUAUCUUGCUAAAGAAUGAAUUUUCCUCAUGUCCACCUGCAACAGCGACUGGGAAAAUACUACACUUCUUCAUGUAAAUGUUUUAACUGCCUUAAAUAACAUUUAAUCUGUUUUGCAUUCAGCACUAAAUUACAAAUAGUUAAAUGUUCCAAACUCUGACACCCCCUGGUGGUAGCAUUGUAAAUGAAACCGAGGCAGAAACACGUGGCUCUUGCAAGCUGAACAAAAUGCUGACAGCAAAAUAUUGCACCUCUUCCAAAUAACCUCUGAAUUUUAAUAUAUUAAAAAGAAUGCAGUUAUCACCUAUAAAUUAUGUUCAUAGUGGCUUUAUGAUAGAGCAGCAUGAGGCCGUGGUGAUUCAUUUAUAUUCAUUCGCCACGUUACAGUCUCCUCACUGCUGGUGCCUCUCAUACUUUUGACGACAGGGAGAUUUACUGAUUUAUUUCACAAGAUUGUGACAAUAAAGUUAAUUUGUGCACUGUAGUUUUUUUGGGCAGAAUGUUUAAUUUAUGCUGUAGGCUUGCAUAUUAUUUAUAUGAAUAGUUAUUGUUUGUUUUCUGAAAGAAUUUAAAGAUAAAAUGAUUUUUGAGCAUUAAGUUGUCUUUAUUCAGUGUAGCAUAGAAAUAUUCAGCUUUCUUAUUUUUUUAAAGAACAAUUUAAUGAAGUGAAGGCUAUGUCUAAGGUGGAUAAAAAAAAAAAAAGAUCAUGCACUAUUCAUAGAUCAUGUGGCUGAGAGGUCGAUUUACUAACAUGUCAAGACUAUUCUGCAGCAGGUCGUUACCAAAUAACCACAGUGGAGUCCUUUUAGGCCUGUAUACAUGUUCAAAACAACUAUUUAGAGAUCACACGAUGUUUAAAUCUAGUUUGAUGACAGUUUGGGGACAUGUUACAUCUCUUUAAUGUUGAAAAAUCCUGAACUCUGACCUCUUAUUUUUGGGCCUUACAGGUAAUAAAACUUAGUUAAUAUAGGAUUUGUUUAAACAAGAAAAAAAAGGGACACAGAAUUCUGAAUAAACCAGAAAAAAUUGUAAUUUAAUUGCCAACUUUUAACUUACAUAGACUGUAUUUACAUUCAUGAGUCUAACUUCUGCUACACAU